CUCUCCUUCCAGAUAGAGUUCAACACAGCUGUCAAACACAUGCAUCUUCCUGUUACUGGAAAUGGAUCAGUGUUUGCUGUUUCUUCUGCUCCUGCUGAUGGGUAAAAAUGGAUUAUGUCAACAUGAGGAAGUUUGCUGGAAGUCGGUAAUCAACUCCUGCGAUGAUUGCAUCAGAUCUGGACCAUACUGUAUGUGGUGCCAACAGCUGAAUUUCACCAAAGCAGGUGAGCAGGAAGCUGUACGCUGUGACACCUGGGCACAGUUGAUAACGAGAGGCUGCAAGAAUGAAGAAAUCAUCUCCCCAAAGAAUAAUCUAACCAUUGUCAAAAAAGAUCCACUCUCUGAGUCAUUCAACCAACAGGAGCCUGUCCAGCUGAGCCCACAGAAGAUUAAUCUGAGACUACGACCCGGACUUCCCACCACAUUCAGUGUUUCUUUUAAAAGAGUUGAGGGUUAUCCAGUUGAUCUCUACUACUUGAUGGACCUUUCUUACUCCAUGAAAGAUGACUUGCAAAACGUCAAAGGACUUGGACAACAACUUUUUGCAGCUCUGAAAAAAUUCACUGUGCAUGCUCAAAUAGGUUUUGGUGCCUUUGUUGACAAGACUGUCCUUCCAUACACAAACACCAACAAGGAGAAACUACAGAAGCCAUGUGAUGAAAAAGAUCAGCAAUGCCAGGCUGCCUUUGGCUAUAGACAUGUGCUUAGUAUGACAUCAAAGGAGGAUGAGUUCAAAAACAAAGUGACAGAGCAGUUCAUUUCUGGGAACUUGGACUCGCCAGAGGGCAGCCUGGACGCUAUGAUGCAGGCUGCCGUAUGUGGGGAAAAAAUAGGUUGGAGGAACAGCAGCACUCGAUUGAUUGUGCUAACCACUGAUGCUGGAUUCCACAUGGCUGGGGACGGAAAAUUAGCUGGCAUACUUGAACCCAAUGAUGAACGUUGCUUUCUGGAAAACAAUCUCUAUACCAAGAGCACUGAGAUGGACUAUCCAUCUGUUGGACAGCUAGCUAUGCAACUGGAGAAAAACAAUAUUCAGCCGAUAUUUGCCGUGACACAAAAUGUGUCGGCUGUGUACCAGAAACUCUCCGACAUGAUUCCAAAGUCAGAGGUGGGAAUUCUGUCAGGAGAUUCUACAAAUGUUGUUGGAUUGAUUGAAAGUGCCUACAAUAGGUUGUCCUCCAAAGUAACUGUGACCCAUGACAAUCUCCCUGACAAUGUAAGAGUAGUCUACACACCUAGAUGCGAUCAUGCACAACCAGCAGGAGACAGCGAAGGGGUUUGUGACAAUGUACGAGUGGGACAAGAGAUUUCUUUUGAUGUCACAGUGACCGCAUACUCAUGUAUGGAGGAAACAUCUUUCAGUAUCAGACCUUUGGGCAUUAAAGACACAUUGACAGUGACCUUAUCUACAAAUUGUGAGUGUCAGUGUGAAGACCCACAGAACAGAAGCCAUCCACACUGCAAGGGCAAGGGAAGAGUACACUGUGGUAUUUGCAGCUGCAGUGAAGGCUCCAUUGGUCAGUUCUGCGAGUGCUCCAUUGGUAAUAAAGACGAGCGUACCCUGCGUGCAUCCUGUCAGAGGCAGAACGGCACUGAGUGUGAGGGUCGAGGAGACUGUGAGUGUGGCAGGUGCAAGUGCCACACCACAGAGAGCGGCAGCAGUUACCAUGGUGAAUUCUGCGAGUGUGACGAUGAACACUGUGAGAGGUUCCAGAAUAAACUAUGUGGAGGAAAGGGUAAGUGCAACUGUGGCAGAUGUGAAUGCAAUGCAGGCUAUGAAGGCUCAGCCUGUCAGUGUAAGGUGUCUACAGAUGGCUGUCAGACCCCAAACAACACAGUGUGCUACGGUAGAGGAAUCUGCAAGUGCAACCGCUGUGAGUGUAUAGAGGGUUACCAGCAUACACGAUGCAAGACAUGCCUCGGCUGCCCUGACCCUUGCCAGACCAAACUGAACUGCAUUGAAUGCCUUGGUUUUGAGUCUGGUCCCUUUACAAAAAACUGCAGUGCAGCUUGCAGAAAUAUUUCUCAUGAGAUGGUAGAUCAGUUUGCCAUACAAAGCAAGAGGUGCCAUCAGAGGGACGCAGACGGCUGCUGGAUCAAAUUUAAUCUGGAACAGUUGUUUGGAGAGGAUAACUACAGGGCUGAAAUUCUGAAUCAGAGAGACUGUCCAGAACCACCCAGCGUCACAGCCAUCAUCGUCGGCUCCAUUGUGUCUGUGGCUUUCAUUGGCAUCCUGCUGCUGAUGCUCAUCAAGCUACUUAUCUACAUGAAGGACCUAAAAGAGUUCCGGAAAUUUGAAAAUGAAAAGAAAAAAUCCAAAUGGGCAAAUGCUGAUAACCCACUGUUCCAGAAUGCCACCACCACUGUGACCAAUCCAACAUUUACUGGAGAAUGAGCUCGAAGCACUGCAGCACAGCAUUCACACAGCAAACACAGCUCUGUCAAGAGUUAUGGCUGUAUGUCAGGAGAGAAUAAUUUGUUCUGCUUUUGUGCGAAUGUUGAUAUUUACACAUUUUUUGCUGGUUGACUUGCUUCCUUUCUUAUUAAUUAAUUUCUGUCAUGUACUGUAUUCACAACUGCAGUUGUGAUAUAUUGUAGUGUUUGUUGCUCAUAAUGUAGAAAUUAGGAGAGUAGGGCAGAGGAUGGGCAUUUAGAUUUGAAACAUACAUACACUGGAUGCAUCAUAUUAGAACAUCUCUCAUUUUAUAGUUCAGUUGUUUCUGUGUUGAUAAUACCUAAAAUGAUUAUCUGAGAUGUAUGUUUGAAUUGGAGGUAAAAAUAAAUUAAGAAAGAUCAGAAAAUCAAA